AUGGAAGAGUUUUCCGAUGUACCCGAAGGAAAGACAGUUCGAUACCGCUGUGGCGUGCCAAGAUGUCACUCGCCAACGAAAACGUUCUCGCUGCUCACGAUCAUAGAGCAUCUUGCGUCUCACUUCCGUCACAGCAUCGGGUCACGGAAUCAUGCCAAUUACCUCUGCAAGAAUUGCGGUCAUAGCUUUUACCUACUUUGCAUGACGAUGUCGUGUUUCUGCAGGCAAUAUGGUGGAGAAAAUGAGUGUGUAUCGAUCAGAAAGGAUUGGAACCGAGUAGUCGCACGGGAGGACGUUGCCUUCCUUUGGUACGUGGUGCGAUACGCAGUACCUGUAUUAGUCGAGAAAGCGGCCAAUCGAGGAGGAGAGAGAAAUUUGUCGUCGACACCGCAAAGAAAGACGGAAGGAAAUUUGGGUUUCAACACACCCUUAAUGAGGUCUCCCUCAACUUACAACGACGGAACUCCGCGGACUCCGCUUGAUCAUGAUGAGGAAGAGAUAGAACCAGCUCAUGGUUGUGCUCUUCGGAACAUGAGCAUUUGUGCAUCAGUCAGCGCUGUUCAAGUGAAGGGUGAGGAGACCAAAAAACAGCGAUGGGGUAGAGAAGGUCCGUAUCAAACCAACUAUGUUCCACCUUCCACAUACGCACUGGCAGGGCAGUUUUGUGGAUCUCCUAGUACAACAGAUGGUUGUAGGCUAUCAGCACCUAUUGUGGCAUCCUCCAUUACCACAAUCACCGUUUACGGCAAUCCAAAAAUCGUCGACACCGCACACGGGCCAAUUUUCGAAUACGAUGUCAUCGGAAACGCAACCAAAUCCAACAGCCAAUGUUCCAGCACCGAAACAAAAGGAGUGCAGACCUCGCACGAUAUUGUUGGAAACGAUCCCUCUCCAUUCGGUAUUGCGUUCUGUUUUUAG